CCUAGCGUGGGAAUUCACCAUGUAAUAUUUAACAGCCGCAUUUGUCAGCGUCUUUUUGCCUUUUCCAGCCAACAGAUGGACAACGCAGCGACAGAAACCACGGUCUGAGGACUAACAAUGAGCUAACGCCAAAAUCCGCUCACAUAAUCGGGAGAAGGACGCGCUUUGGAGCGCUCCUUGAUUGAGACGCCGUCAUGGGUCCAGUGCAAAGAAGUCUGAUUCGGCUGAUGGGGCACUGCAGGACGAAGCCCUGGGCAGAGAUAUGUUUUUGUGCUACAAGUGGAGCACGCUUCAGGACCUACUGCACCUCCACCAACCCCCACCCAGCUGACUUGGACCCUCUGGAGGUGCACAAACAGCGGCUCCUCAUGUGGUUCAGUCACUUGCCCCAGGAGGAGAAGCAGUUUGGGGGGUACUUCAGCCCGGAGACCAUGCACGUGGACCCCCUGAUUCUGGAGAGGAAGCCAGAGGAGCGGGCAGGUCUACUCUCCUCCGCCCUCAGCCUCCACUCCCAGCACCUCUCCAAAACUGUGGAGCAGCUGUUUGAGCCCAGCCCGUCCUGGGACUCGUCCAGGGGGCUGAACGUGCUGCUGUACGGGGCAGUCGGCACCGGGAAGAGCACGGUGGUCCGAAAGCUGGUGCUGGACUGGUGCAAAGGCAGGAUGCUGGGACAAUUCAAACUGCUCAUCCCCUUCUCCUGUGAGGACCUCAGCCAGCUCUCCAAAGUGUCUUCUCUGCGUGACCUGGUGGGCCGUAAGUACCUGCACCUGCGCAGACACCCCCUGCUGAGCGGAGAGGUGGGCCAGGCUCGGGAUGUCCUGUUUCUGUUCAACGGUCUGGAGAAGAUGAACCUGGACUUUAGAAUCGGAUCCACAGAGCUCUGCAGCGACCCAAACGAAGCACUGCCCCCUGGAGUCGUGGUGGUCAACCUGCUCCGUAAAUACCUGCUGCCAGAGGCCAGUGUUUUGGUCACCACGAGGCUGUCUGCUCUGGACCGCGUUCCUCUGAAAUACAUCAGCCGUCACGCCCAGAUCUGCGGCUUCAUCGACCCCGACCGCCAGCGCACCUACUUUGCCAAACGCCUUCUCCAGCAAACCGAAGACAUUGCUGUCAAAGAAGGGGCCCAGGCUCUCGUGGAACUGCUCUACCUCAACCUCCAAAGGGAAAGCCAGUUAGCCACCGCCUGUUUCUUACCAUCCUACUGCUGGCUUACCUGUGCUACGUUACAUUUCCUUCAUUUCACCAACGCCAACACGCCCAUACGAACUCUAACCGGAAUAUACACCAGCUUCUUGAGGUUAAACUUCGGAGGGGAAGUUUUGGGAAUGGGCACGGGAGCGGGUAUGCCGAUCCAAGAACCACAGAACUCUCUAAUGCUGUACGUCGUCCGGACCGUUGGGAAACUGGCCUUCGACGGGGUCACGAACAAACGCAUGUCAUUUUCAGAAAAGGAGUUGGAGCAGUGGAUCGGAGGGAAAACCAAGACGGAUGAGGAGCUGCGACAGUUGGCCAUGUUUAGGACGGAUGUUUUGGAUUUUUUCUUGGCUCCGAGUGUUGAGAAGAACAAGCCUUUUUCUUCAGAACUGAGUGAACACGAGGAGCAGAGAUACGUGUUUGCAGCUCCAGCCAUGCAGGAGUACCUCGCUGCUCUGUACGUGGUUAUGGGAGAAAACAAGUCUGCGCUGGAGAUACUCACCAAGCAGGUGUCCAAAGCCAUCGGUCAGGCCAGUGAGGACAUGAACGCUCUCCUCGCCAUCGUCUCAAAGUUCAUCCCUCUGCGCAUUUUCACCAUCUUCAACCUCCUCAAACUCUUCCCCAAACUCUUUGAAAAGUUCAGUGUUCAAAACAAGGGUCGCAUCGGUCGCACUCUGGCCACAGAGAUGUUUCGCACAGAGGACAGUUAUAAUGAAGAUGUCCUGGACCAGGUGGAGCAGAACCUUCUGGGGGUGCACGGUCCCCACCAGCCCCUGAAAAACGAUGAGCACCCGUUUGAGCUCUACCCAAUCUUUAUGGGUGGUUUGUUAAACUACGGAAACAGAGUCCUGCUUCAACAACUGGGCUGCACCAUCCACAACGACACAGUGGCACAGAUCACCAAGGCUCUGCGCAAAUAUCUAGUCAGAGAGCUGAAUAAACCACAGCCCCCUGAGGAGUUGAUGGACCUGCUGUUCCUCUUGUACGAGUUCCAGAACCCCAGACUCACAGCAGAGGUGCUCUCCACCAUCCGCUCCAUCCGCCUCAGCAACAUCAGGAUGACCUCACUCAAGUGCUAUGUGCUCAGCUCUGUGCUGUCCUGCGCACCGCCCAGUUACCAUCUGGAGGUGUUGGACCUGUCUUCCUGUUUGCUGACUCCUGACAUGUUAAGGAUUCUGUUACCUGCCUUCAGACACACGCACCACCUCAACCUGCAGUUUAACAGCCUGGGCCCUGAGUCGUGUCUGCUGCUGAGGGACCUGCUGAGAGACCCCAAGAGCUGCAUUAAGACUCUGGAACUGUGUGAUAACCCGAUACUCGACGCCGGUGCUGUGUCUCUUUUGGAAGCGUUGCCUGAAAACCAGUCUCUGCGUCACCUGUCCCUGAUGCACACGGGGCUGGCAGAUGGGGGCGCUGUGGAGCUUGCUCAGGCCCUGCACACACACAGCAGUCUGGAGGAGCUCAACGUGGCCUACAACAACAUAGGGGACAACGCGGCACUCAGCCUCGUGGACACCUGCCGAGAGCACCCUACCAUCAAUACACUGCACUUGUACCUGAACCCUCUGACUGAUGUGGGGAAGCGUUCCUUGUACGUACGCGGGGACGCACUUAAAAGUGGGCGUAAAGUCCGAGUCCUGGCCUCGGUCACAGAGGGGUCCGACCUGUCCGAGGACUGGCACCCCAUCCUCAGCGUGAUCCGAGAAAAUGCAAAGACCUGGGACCGAGAGAGGGUCAAGCAGCAGCUCAGGGCUUUCUUGCGUGAUCUGGAGUGGGGCCGACAGCAGCAGCCGACUUUCUGGAAAAGACUUCACUUCCGGCGCGUGGAGAGGGGAAUCCGAGAGACUCUGAAAAUGUUGGAAAAAGAUGACGUGUCCCAUGUGUGCGAAGCGUGCAACCAACCACAAGCAAAAUAACUUAAACUGAUACGAAACAAUUACUGUUCAAGGUGCAUUGUGUAGCUUUUCUGGUGGAGGGUCUGUCAAAUGCUUAUCCUCAUGGAGAUCUUAUUACUUUGUCCGGAAUGUUUCACAGUAUGGCAUUGAACCUUUCUGUCGUCAUGGAGACAAAACCUGACCAAGUUACAGGUCAGAUCUAUGGGGAGGCGACCCCGCACAGUCAGAACACCUGUUUUUCUAGGUAUUUUUGAGCUAUAAAACCAAAUGUAAUUGAAAAAGUGUAAGGUAGAGCUGUUUAAUGUCAUACUGUGGAACAUUCCAGGCAGAGCAAUGACAUCUCCAUAGAAACAUGCAGGUGAAAGACCCUCAACCAAAAAGUUACACAAUGCACCUUUAAUAAGGUUAGGGCGUGUUUUUAGGAUGUUUAGGGAGACACGGGUAACACAUAGGAAGUAUUAGACCAUAAUCUGUGCAAUAAUAUUUUUUUGUAAUUUAUGGAGCUCGACAGGGAUCACCCACUUUCCGGUUCCAGAUCUAAAUAUUUCGUUCAUUUUUCUGUUGACUUUCUGAAAAAAAAAAGUAAUAAUAAUAAAGUGUGAAAGCUUGCUCAGGUCUAAUCAGUGACGUGGUAACUAAUGACCAUAAGACCUAUUUAAAAUCUGUUUCUGAAAUGUUAUAAACUGCGCAGUUAUUAAAUUAUUUUGCAGAAUCUUUUAACUUAAAACAAAAGUAUUCUGGAUAUUAGUUUACCACAUAGCUGCUUAAUCUCCGCGAUGUCUUUGAAGUCUUAAUAUUUGAAAUCUAUGGGAAAAUGAAUGGGUUUUUGACUUCUUGAACCAGAGCAGGUGGUCACUGUGCAGCUCCAUUAAAAGCAAUAUUUAACUGUAGGUCUAUGUUUUUUAUGAUGUCUUUAAUAUGAACAAAUAGUGAAUAAGCAGCUGUAAGAGGCAUCUUCCAGCACUUUUGAGACACAAGGGACAAACUAAAACUACCAUCAAAGAAACUAUGCAAAAAUAUAUGAUGUGAUUAAUUCAAGGAAAUCUAGAAGUCGCGGUUACUGGGUUUGGGCUGUGGAAUGAGUCAUGGUGCUUAAAGUGCAAUAUGUAACUUUUCUAAUGGAGAGUCUGCCACCUGUUUAACUCAAUGUAGAUGUUAUUGCAUUACCUAAAAUAUUCCGCGGUAUGGUUCAUGAAAACAAAAACGUGACAACACCAGACCGAGCGAAAAGGUCAUUUGUGAAAAAAACAAGUUUUUUAAGGAAAUGCAAAUAUCCGUAACUAAGUAAAUGCAAGAGAGAGUAACUAUAGCAGACGUCCCCAAUCCCCGGGCCAGGGACCGGUACCAGGCCAUGAAAGUGCGAACCCUCGCUUCCAUACACCCAUGCGCCACGUCUCUAAACCAGGUCUAAAACCAGGACUAAAAUCAGUAUUUAACCUGGACUAAAACCUGAACUAAAACCAGUCCGCAAAGUAUUGUUGGACAUAAAACCGGUCUGUAGCGCAAAAGGUUGGGGACCGCUGAACUGUAGAACAUUUCGGGCUGAGCAACAAUAUUUCCAUAGAAACAAGCAGGUGGCGGACCCUCCUCCGGAAAAAUGACAAAGGGCACUGUAAUGUCCUUCCAAAACACAAAAACACUUUUAAAUAUGCUCAGAUUGAUAUGAAUGUUUUUGGAAAUAGCUGUAAGCAUUGAUAUUUUGGCUUUUGAAAUGAAACUUGUAAAUGCUGUUCAGAUCUGUGCGGAUAAACGUACUCCAGUAAUGUGAUCAUGAUCUGAUUUCUGGAGACAGUUGUCAAGAGGUGUCAAACUGGCUUGUAAAUGAGGCCUGUGCAUGAGAGUAAACGACUGUAAUAUUCACAAGAGGGCGCUGUACACUCCCUUUUCCAGGUAUCAAGCUGCAGAAAUAAGAAGCUCGCUAAAAACAAGUAUUGAAUCUGCCAUUUGAAAUUAAUAUUUGUGCCUUUAUUUACUCAAACAGGCCUAAUUUCCUGUUAGUUACUAAUGAAUUAACUUCCAGUAAGCAAACUAAACCAAUGCAUACAGAAAAUGCCACAAUGCCACUAGCUGUACACAAUGUAGUUCAAAUGGAGCUGAUAAAGAACAAUGGGCUGUCUGACAACCCUUGUGAAUCAUUUUUGCACGUUUUAGAAACAUAUCAUGUAUUAAUAUUUUACAUUCAAGGUCUGUACAUGUCAUUUUGUCUUGUUUCUGUCUGCUUCUCCUUCUGAACUCAUGGAUUCUCGGACUUUUAGCAAAUUAAGGAAUAUCAAAAGUGGAGCACAGUUUUCUUAAAUGUACUGCAUGUCUGUGGAACGAAUGAAAAAAUGAUGUGCCUUGUCUUGUUAAGUGCUGUUUGAAAAUUAAAUGUAACUCUGUGGUCCCCG